AUGAAGGAGAGGAGCCUGUGGACAGAGAUUACAAAAUAUGAUUUCAAGGCUUCUGAAGAUCAGCCUGGCACAGGACACUUUACCCAGGUUGUGUGGAAAGAAAGCACUGAACUUGGAGUGGGUUUAGCCACUGAUGGAAAAACUGUCUAUGUGGUUGGUCAGUACAAACCUGCUGGAAAUUACGAUGGAUGCUAUAAGGACAAUGUUUUGCCAGCAGAUGCAAACUUCAAGGCAAAGUUCCUCGCCAAGCAUAACGAGUACCGAAAGAAACAUGGAGCCCCAGCUUUGAGCAUAAGUGAAGACUUGUGCAGAUCUGCACAGGCUUGGGCUGACCAUUUACUGUCCACUAAAGCCUUGCAGCACAGUGAUACCAAAAACGGAGAGAAUCUCUAUUAUUUCCGGAGUUCUGCACCAAAGAAACUUACAGGAGAGGAGCCUGUGGAGAACUGGUACGGUGAGAUUAAAGACUAUGAUUUCAGAAAUCCUGGAUUUGGCUCCAACACAGGACACUUCACCCAGGUUGUAUGGAAAUCAAGCAAAGAAGUUGGAGUGGGCUUAGCCACUGAUGGAAACACUGUCUUUGUGGUUGGUCAGUACAACCCUGCUGGAAACAUAUCCAAUCCAGGAUACUUCAAGGACAACGUCUUGCCUGCAGGGAAAAUCACAUCAUUGACAGCUAUGGCAGAUGCAAGCUUUAAGGCAACGUUCCUCGCCAAACAUAACGAGUACAGAAAGAAACAUGGAGCCCCAGAUUUGAGCUAUAGCGAAGACUUGUGCAGUUCUGCACAGGCCUGGGCUGACCAUUUACUGUCCGCUAAUACCUUGGGGCACAGUGAUACCGAAGACGGAGAGAACGUCUAUUAUUUCCAGAGCUCUGUUCCAAAGAAACUUACAGGAGAGGAGCCUGUGGACAGCUGGUACAGCGAGAUUAAGAAAUAUAAUUUCGAGGCUUCUGGACAUCAGCCUGGCACAGGACACUUUACCCAGGUGGUGUGGAAAGCAACCACUGCACUUGGAGUGGGUCUAGCCACUGAUGGAAAAACUGUCUUUGUGGUUGGUCAGUACAAACCUGCUGGAAAUAUAACCAACGCUGGAUACUAUAAGGACAAUGUUUUGCCAGAAGAGAAGUGAAAAAUCAGCUGGUGAAACAACAAAACAACGGAUUUCUGUUAUAGAUGGUUUUCUGUUAAAAUGCACAGACAUGUAUUGUUUCAAGUGACAUAAAAUUUUAAUAUUCCAAAGCAUAACUUGAUGAGAAUUUGUAAUUGUGGCAUUAAUGAUGUGUAAUUUUAAACAAAAGCAAAUAAAAUA